AUGUCCACUACAGAAGGCUCCGACAACGAAGCUUUUCCGCAGGAUCUCGAUCCCGAUUCCGACAUACCUCCAGGUGUACCUUCCAUCUCCUCAAGCCAAUGGCGCACAAGCUCCCGUCUGGCUUCCCGUGGCGAAUCCCGAAUAGCAGAGGCGGAUUUCCUCAUCUCCCACCUACGGCGGCAGGGCAUUUCCGCAGCCCCAGACCUCCCUCUCUCCCAGCUUCGGGAACUCUCGGACCAAGUCCCCGGUGCGGCCUCCCAGCCCAGGGCAGCAGCUCCAGCCAACUCUCCAGCCAACUCUCCAGCCAACUCUCCAGCCAACUCUCCCGAGAGACCGGGGCGAGGACGCGGGCGUAGCCGCGGAGGGAAAAAGGACGAGGAAGCGGAGCCCUCCACAAGCUCGCCCAGAAAAAAAAAUCCAACUUUCCCCAAGCGCACCCAAGCGCCGGGCAGCUCGGGAGCCUCGAUCUCCUCAAUCAGCCAGCAAGGACAUCUUAUCCUGGACGAAGACCUUGAGAGAACCACCUUCAUCGUGGGCACAGGCCUCAUUGGCCCCAUGGAUAUAGUGUCUGUUAUCAUAAGCACCACACUUGAACUCCCCACGUUAGAAAAUGGAGCAAUCCGCAUCAUUUACCCCACAUUGCUGACUCCGAUCGUCACUGGCCAGAUGACUACAAGCAAGAGUGAAAGUGGAGGGAAAUCUGAAGAAACGGGACCAACCAGUUGUUUCAGUGCCAACUCAGGAAAACAGGACCGGGCCCUAGACUCUGAGCAGCAGUGUGCCCACGCCAUCUUCACCAGUCCUGCUGCCAACCUGGCCCCUUAUGAACUCAACUUCCAGCUGCUGGUCAGAGGGGCCUGUCUACUAGCUGGACUGGAGAGCCCCACUCACGCUCUGAGGGCAGAUGCAGACCCCAGUGCCAAAAGUGCCUCUGCGACCUACAUCACCUUGGCCCAGGAGCAUCCAUAUGACAGACACAUAGAGAUCAUUCUGCACCUCAGUGAACCUCACAGCCCAUUGGUCAUACUGGAGAGAGGCUCUCGUUGCCAGUACGAGCAGCAGAUCUGCGCCCGCCGUGAUUUCAUUCGUUGCAUUCGCAAAGAUUCAGAACCUGAGAGGAAGCUGGAGUUUAUGAGGAAGCGAUACCACAAGGACAUUCUGUGCAGCCCCGUCCUGAUGCUCAACUUCUGUCCCGACUUGCUGCAUGAGCCUCUGGAGCUGCACAAAGCCACCAGAGAGCUGCUGUUCCUUGUUGACCGCAGUGGCAGCAUGAGUGGCACCAACAUCCACCGAGUAAAGGAUGCCAUGGUGGUGGCAUUGAAGAGUCUCCCCUCUGGCACCAUGCUCAACAUCGUGGGCUUCGGCACCACCAUCAAGCCUCUGUUCACCUCCAGCAAGCCCUGCAAUGAUGUCACUUUGAUGCAGGCAUACGAGUACGUCCAGAGGAUGAGAGCCGACAUGCGAGGCACCAACCUGCUGGGGGCGCUGUCCUGGGUGUACCAGCAGCCUUUGCAGCGCUCACACCCUCGCCAGGUUUUCAUCAUCACAGAUGGAUCCAUCAGCAAUGUGGCUAAGGUGCUGGAGCUGGUCCGCAGAAACACAUGCGCCUGCAGAUGCUUUGGCCUGGGUCUGGGUCCUCGAGCCUGCAGGAGACUCCUGCAGGGCGUUGCCAAACUGACAGGAGGGACCACAGAGUUCUUCGAUGAGGAGGAGAGACUCCAGCCCAAGUUAAUCAAGUCUCUGAAAAAGGCGUUUGAACCUGUGUUGACUGACGUACGGAUUGACUGGUAUCUGCCAGAAAACAUGGAGGCUUUUCUUUCACCCAAUGAAAUCCCUCCGCUCUACCCUGGAAACCGCCUGAUUGGAUACUGCACUCAUGGCACCGACUUGGAGGAGGCACUGAGGGAAAUUUCCAGAGAAAUCUCUUCUGAAUUCCCCUGUGCCAAAAACACAGAUCCUGGCACCAGCCCAGGUGUGGAGCUGGACUGGUCCAGUGAUGUGAGGAGGAGGAUCCAGGAGAGCUCUUACAUCCAGGAGCAGUAUGUCCUCACCCGCUGCUCCCUCAGCAGUGAGAGGAGUCUGCAGACACAGUCCCACUCCCACAUACACGCCUCGUCCCACUCUGAAUCCACAGGCGCUGUGUUUCGGCCCGACCCUCUCUCCUCUGGUUCAGUGUUGGAAACAGGCUCUCUACCCCAAGGCCUGGAAAAGAUGGCCCCUCUAGAGCAGAGAUCGUCCCUGUCUCGCUGGGCCGACUCUCCAUGGAGACACAAGUCACUGGCUCGUUCAACCAUGGCAGCGCGAAGCUUCUCAUCUCCACAGGGCGAGCUGGAGAUGCACCGCCUGAGGAGAGCUCUGGAGAGGGUCUCCUUCGACCAAACGCUGGGGGGCAGGCUGGACGAAAGCGAUGGAGAGACGAAGCCCCCAUCAAGGGGCACACUGUCUCGCAGGAGCCUCACUGACUCCAAUGGCCUCCUGUUCCCCGCCUCUCCUCUGGACUGGGACAGCUUCACAGACCCAGAGUACCUCUUCACUGCUGUCCCAGCUGAGGCUCCUCCACCAGGUCAGUGCCGCUCGCUCAUUCACGGCCUGCUGAGCGGCAGACCUGUAUCCUAGGUCACUGUGGACCUUGGGCACCUCUGGACCCCUGAGAGCCAGGAGACACUGGUAACUGAGGCAUGGGAGGAGAUGAUUCACCAACUGACUGCUCGCUCAGUGAUCAGGGACUUUGAGAAAUGGCAGAGAAGGAGAACGACUCUGGACUGCUCUUUAGGUUCAGCUAAGAGAUACCGCAUGAAGGCUAUCCAGACCAGUAAGCAUUGUAACAUCAUCUGCAUGUACACAGCCUUCACUACCACUGACCCCAACAAAUGCCUGCCAGACAGCAUGGACGUCGAAAACACAGGGGUGCAUUUGGGGAAUAGGCGGAGUUUCCAGUCAGGCAGUCGCAGGCAGAGGGCCUAUUCUGUUGGAUUAGGCAGACGGCGCACCAGCAGAGACAGUGAAGAGAUGGAGGACACCUGCAACACUACAGACAGAGAUGACACCCCUGCCUCACCCUGUAGCCUUACAUCCUGGGACUCUAGUGUAGGGGGCAGUGCGUACUCUGCUACAGCCUCAGCAAUAUCAGGCGCAUCAUGCACUCGUUCACAGCGAUCUAUCGAGAGCAAGUCGAUGGAAAGCUUCUUUGGCACCAGAUUUCCCCUGGGCAGACUCAGGUCCUCUAUUUCAUCAGGAAAGCAGGUUCCUCUCAAGACCCACUGUCUCUCUGCAGAGACUGAGAAACAACCUGAGACUGAGGCUCCAGACUACCUGCCCCUGGUGCAUUUGCAGCUGGCAUCAGGCGCUUUUCUUCUGACAGAGAUCUACUCGGACUGUGUUCAAAUCACCCUGGACCGCCUGAAGAGGGCCUCCCCCUUCAGCCUCCACCGCCGCAGCCUCAGCCCACCCUUCCGCUGCACAUAUCCCAGUGCUCCGUCUUUAUCCACCUCCACUAAGAUCCCCGGCGCUACCUCCAACCACCAUGUUACCUUUUCUCCUUCCUCGUGCUCCAUAGCCAAACCAACUUCACCUCCUUUCCACCACACUCCAGACGACACUCCCCUAAUGCUGGAACCAAGGCUUCGCCGAAGACACCUGUCCGACAGGGAUCCAGUCACAUCACCAAUGGACCCCCCCAGCUCUGAGGAGGGCUCCCUGGAGCUCUCUGUGGGCCCCUCUCAGGGCCAGGCAGAUAGUGGUCGCGGGUCGGAGACAGAUGUAUUUGAAGUCUCUUCCAUAGAUCCAGCUGACCUCCAGGGGGGCAGCCAGUUGGCUCUGGAGGACCUGGAAGGCUCCAGCUGGGCCACAGCUGUGGCUCUGGCCUGGCUGGAGCACCGCUGUGCCGGGUUCUUCAUGGAGUGGGAGCUGGUGGCAGCAAAAGCAGACUUCUGGCUGCGCUGCCAGGAUCUACCCGAGGGAGUGGACCUGGGGCUGAAGGGGGCCGCCAGACAGCUGUUCCUGCUGCUUCGCCACUGGGACGAGAACAUCAAGCUCAACAUGCUGUGUUACAACCCCAAUAACAUGUGA